UUUGUCAAAAUGAAAAAUGAGAUAGACAAUGACUCUGAAUCAGAAAAUGAAGUUGUGGAUUAUACCAUCAUGUCCAUAAAAGACAUUGAUAGAUCAGAGAUCCCUAAACUUGAGAUCCCUCUCUCAGUACAACAAGUCAUCUCUGAUAUUGCGCAAGCACAGCUCUUUCGAGCCAGACAGGACAUUACUUCACAGCUGGAUGACAUAAUGCAAAGUGUGCAGCGGGCAAUACAUCGCUACACUUUUGACGAGAAUGUAAACUCUGGAAGGAAAACCUCUAUUUUAGAGUAUAAGAAACGUAGAGCAAAUUUGCUGAACAAAAUAGCUGAUUUUGCUGAUUCUGCUGAAAUUAAAAAAAUGACUCUUGUCCAUAUCCUGGCCUGGUUGGAAGAAUGGAAUGGCAUUUUGUCUGAGAUGACUGCAAUUGAUGUUGAUGAACACCACCACUGGAUAGCACAAAUGGAGAUUUUACCAGAAACUUUCAAAGCUAUUGAGAGCAAUGUCAAGAUAAUGAGUAACAUUAGUACCUCCUGGUAUGAAGAAAAGAAGAUACAAAGGCAAAAAGCAGCAUCUAGAAGUACUCUAUGGAAAUCUUGGAAAGAAAGAGUUGUAAAGCGACCUGCAACAGCCCAUGCUUUAACACCACAUCAGAUGAUUGGUGAUGAAUUUGCAACAAAUACAAAGGUUUCAGAAAUCCAAGGUAUGCUACAAGAACUCAUAGGUACUGCAUUGUUCAAUAAAUUGGAAAACAAUGCUAUUAAAUAUAUGUCAUCAACAAUAGUAAACCUUUCUAAAGCGUUGAGUUUACUAAGUAAUGAAGUAAAAGCUAUUAACCUCCAAAAUGCCAAUAUGUAUAUAAGUGAGACAAGUGAAAGCGAAAAAGAGAUCCCCCUAAAGAUAAUACAAGAUCUCAGUGAAGAAAAUGAAAUGCUUCAGCAGAAACUUCAAGAUGCAGAAGAAAAAUGGGAGCAGUUUAUUCGAUUCAAAGUAUCUAUAGUGUCACCCACAUCAACUGUGAAAGUAUUAUCUGAGUCUUCUCCACAAUCAUCCAUAGUCAUCAGCAUGACUGAGAAAGAAGACAGUAUGGACAGUAUUUUGGCCAAAGAAUUUGAAAAUAGUAUGGAUGGGGCUCAAAGAAGAGAGACCAAAGUCUCAGGGAUCAAGUGGGACUCGGCUGUUUCAUAUACAGCCCAAGUUGAAAUGACUCCAGAUUUAAUUGAACAGCAAUCCUCUUUACCUGAAAAAAAACAGAAAACACUUUCCAAAGAUAUCACUAAAGAUAUGAUAUCACUGAAGAAAGAUGAUGUCUAUCAGAAAGGUGGGACUGAUCAGUAUCAAUCACAAAGGAAGAGCACAAAAGGCUCAAAUGAGUUCGAGACCUCUAGAUCAAAUCUGAAUGAUCAGAAAGAUGAACAGAUAGCCUCAGAGACCAAAGUUGAUUACCACUUUGAGCUACAACCACUGGGGGAGAAGAGUAAAAUAAAAUCCUUUUCUGAAGCCAAAUCAAAGUCAUUUACUGAAUCAAAAAGUCAACGUGUGCCUGAUGAUUUCCCUUCUACUGACACAAAGAGCCAAGGAAGCAAACGUGAAACAAGUAGUUUAUGGGAAAAACUCAGGCAUAUGAAACCUGAACAUAUACUUGAGAAAAGCCAAAUGUCUUCAGAGAAUCAAGAGAAGCCCACCACUAAGUCAAUGGACAAAGAGAGAAAAGGUGAUAUGGAUAUUCAAACAGAGCCCACCAGGUUGAUCCAACUUGAUAAUUCCUCUGAGAAAGGAAAAAGAAAAGGAAAAAAACAUCAAAUCUCUCCAGAAACUACCAUAAGCAAAGAAGGAAAAACUGAAGAGAAAGACCUGUCAGUCUUUACCAAGAAGAUCAAGAAUCAUGCACUUGCUAAAUCACAACGUAGGAUAACUAGCGAGACUGCAGAAUAUGAUAAAAGUAAACAGAGUAAUCUAGAAGAAUUUCAUGAAGCCAUAAUGGCUUUCUUAAAAGAGAAAAUUGAUAACACAGGACAGCCUUUGGAUAAAACGUCUGUGCCAGAAGAGGAGCUGUUAUUAAAACAAGCAGAAGUUGAAAAAUUAGGAAUCAUAAAGGCAAAAAUGGAGGAAUAUUUCCAAAAUGUGGCUGGAACUGUGACAAAAAUCUUGAGAAAAUACAAAAACAUAAAAAAGGCAGGACAAGUUGGAGAGAAACCUAUGAAACGAAAAAAGGUAGUCUCAUUUAUGCCAGAAUUGCAUUUACAGAAGCCAGUUAGUGCAAAACCUGAAAUUAGCUCCUUACUCUCAUCUGAGAGCACGGACCCAGUGAUACAAAAUUUAACACAAAUGAUCUUGAAUGAAAUAGAAGGUGAAAGAGAUGUUCAAGUAACCUCAAGAGCAGGGAGAGAGCACAAAGAAAAGGAAAAACAGAGGCGGGAGGAAUAUUUGCAAGAGGUUCAAAAACAAAGUUUUGAUAUGAAUCUUAAACACCAGUCACAAGAAGAAAGGAAUCUCUGGAAGACGAGCUAUGAGAAGAUAAGUAAGAAUUUGGAGAAGGAAAACACACGGCUCCAGAUGAAGGAGGGAGAGCAAGAGCAACAGCAGCAGAAUCAGGGGCAGGAAGAAGUGUGGGAGGUACAGCAAAAACAGAGGAUGCAAAAGCAUAUUGAGCAAGAUGAGAAGCAAAAGCGAAUGGAAGAGAAAAAGCAGCAGAAGCAAAAGCAGCAGUUACUGGAAGCAUGGAGGCAAAAAAUGAAAUUGCAAGGAGUGUCCUUGGAGAAGGAAAAGGGACAGCAGAUGGGGCAGGUUCAAAAGGAAGUGAAACAGCUGGAGCUGGAAAGCAGUUUGGAAAAAGAGGAAGAGAAGCAGAAGCCAACGAGAAACGGAGGGGACCAUGAAAGUCAGUUGUAUAGAAAAGCAAAGAAGCAGACGAAGGAGGAAAUCUCUGAAGAACUACGAAAGCUGUUAAGACACUCUUCAGUGACAUUAUCUUCCAGGCAGAAGAAUAUGUGGAAAGAAGCAGCCCGGUUACAUAAAAGAAAAGAGUUCCAUGUAAAUCUUGCUGAUGAAAAGCACUCCAUACCAAUCACUGAUGAAAAGCACUCCGUACCAAUCACUUCUCUCACCUCCACAAGAUCUUCCUUACUUGGGCCCUUUUCUAUUUCUGGACAGUCUCCUACAAAGUGCAUCACUCUCUCCCCUGAACAGGCCCAGGCACUAGGCAUCACUGUCACCCCUCAGCAGGCCAGGGCCCAGGGCAUCACUCUCUCCCCUGAACAGGCCCAGGCCCUGGGCAUCACUGACACCCCUGAACAGGCCCAGGCACUAGGCAUCACUGUCACCCCUCAGCAGGCCCAGGCCCUGGGCAUCACUCUCACCCCUCAGCAGGCCCAGGCCCUGGGCAUCACUCUCACCCCUCAGCAGGCCCAGGCCCAGGGCAUCACUCUCACCCCUCAGCAGGCCCAGGCCCAGGGCAUCACUCUCACCCCUCAGCAGGCCCAGGCCCAGGGCAUCACUCUCACCCCUCAGCAGGCCCAGGCCCUGGGCAUCACUCUCACCCCUCAGCAGGCCCAGGCCCAGGGCAUCACUCUCACCCCUCAGCAGGCCCAGGCCCAGGGCAUCACUCUCACCCCUCAGCAGGCCCAGGCCCAGGGCAUCACUCUCACCCCUCAGCAGGCCCAGGCCCAGGGCAUCACUCUCACCCCUCAGCAGGCCCAGGCCCAGGGCAUCACUCUCACCCCUCAGCAAGCCCAGGCCCAGGGCAUCACUCUCACCCCUCAGCAAGCCCAGGCCCAGCCCCAGGGCAUCACUCUCACCCCUCAGCAGGCCCAGGUUCAGGGCAUCACAAUCUCCCCUGACCAGGCCCAGGCACUGGGCAUCACUCUCACCCCUCAGCAGGCCCAGGCCCAGGGCAUCACUCUCACCCCUCAGCAGGCCCAGGCCCAGGGCAUCACUCUCACCCCUCAGCAAGCCCAGGCCCAGGGCAUCACUCUCACCCCUCAGCAAGCCCAGGCCCAGCCCCAGGACAUCACUCUCACUCCUCAGCAGGCCCAGGUUCAGGGCAUCACAAUCUCCCCUGACCAGGCCCAGGCACUGGGCAUCACUCUCACCCCUCAGCAGGCCCAGGUUCAGGGCAUCACAAUCUCCCCUGACCAGGCCCAGGCACUGGGCAUCACUCUCACCCCUCAGCAGGCCCAGGCCCAGGGCAUCACUCUCACCCCUCAGCAGGCCCAGGCCCAGGGCAUCACUCUCACCCCUCAGCAAGCCCAGGCCCAGGGCAUCACUCUCACCCCUCAGCAAGCCCAGGCCCAGCCCCAGGGCAUCACUCUCACUACUCAGCAGGCCCAGGUUCAGGGCAUCACAAUCUCCCCUGACCAGGCCCAGGCACUGGGCAUCACUCUCACCCCUCAGCAGGCCCAGGUUCAGGGCAUCACAAUCUUUCCUGAACAGGCCCAGGCCCAGGGCAUCACUCUCACCCCUCAGCAGGCCCAGGUUCAGGGCAUCACAAUCUUUCCUGAACAGACCCAGGCCCAGGGCAUCACUCUCACCCCUCAGCAGGCCCAGGCCCAGGGCAUCACUCUCACCCCUCAACAGGCCCAGGUCCAGGGCAUCACUGUCACCCCUGAGCAAGCCCAGGCACUGGGCAUCACUCUCACCCCUCAGCAGGCCCAGGUUCAGGGCAUCACAAUCUCCCCUGAACAGGCCCAGGCACUGGGCAUCACUCUCACCCCUCAGCAGGCCCAGGUUCAGGGCAUCACAAUCUUUCCUGAACAGGCCCAGGCCCAGGGCAUCACUCUCACCCCUCAGCAGGCCCAGGUUCAGGGCAUCACAAUCUUUCCUGAACAGGCCCAGGCCCAGGGCAUCACUCUCACCCCUCAGCAGGCCCAGGCCCAGGCCCAGGGCAUCACUCUUACCCCUCAGCAGGCCCAGGCAUUGGGAGUCCCCAUUAUCCCCCCAAAUGCCUUAGUAUCAGCUGUCACUCUUGGCCCUGAACAGACUGAGUCUUUGGGAGCCCUUCUCACCUCAGAUAAAGCCCAUGUCUUAGGCUCUCCCCCUACCCCUGAGCAAGUUCAACCUUCUCUUAAACCAUUUCAAGAAUCAAAGACUUCUCUCUCCUCUGGGCAAUCCAUUACAUCGGGAACUAGGUGGUCCCUGGCAUCAUCUGCUCCUAUUACUGAGAAGUCCCCUAUAUUUGAGGUCUCUUCUACUCCUUUGCAGAUAUCAAGAUCUCCCCUUACCCAAGCCCCCUUUGUCCCUGGGAGAUCCCUAGGAAUGGGGAUUCCUUCUGACCCUAGGAAGCUCCUGGAAACACAGAUUUUUCCUUCCUCUAGACAAACACUAGUUUCUAAGGAUCAAUCCACCUUUGUGCAGUUCCUAGCACCAGAGGUCCCUCCCACUCCUGGGAAGCUCCCAAUAUCUGGGGCCCCACCUACUCCUGGGCAGUCCCUUAUAUCUGGAGUUCCACCCACCUCCUCACAGAUUCCCACUCUCUGGGAUCCUUUCUCUCCUGGGAAGCCCUUGGUUCCUGGAUCCUCUUCUAUCCAUGGGGAAUCUAUACCCAUAACCCUCUCUGGGCAGCCCCAGACAUUUCCACUCCCUACCACCUGUGAGCAAUCUCCCUAUCUACAAGCCCCUUCUACCCUCGGGCAGGUUCUGGCACCACCGACCCUUCCUGGGCAAGCUUUCCCACUAUGGAUCUCCCCCACUUCUGGGCAUCCCCCAACACUAUGGGCUCCCUCAACCCCUGGAAAGCCCCAGAAAGAUUUGUCCUCUUCUAUAUCUAAGAAAACUAAGGAAAAAUUGGAAAUUAUUUCUUCUCUGAAAUCUAAAUCAGCCUUGGUCCAUCCCAGUGAUCCAAAUUUCAAGGUACCUCAAGCCCCUUUCACCACUAAGGAGUUCCAAAUAUCAGAGGUCUCUGACACUUCUGAAGAAAUCCAGAUACUCCACGAUUCUUUUGCCAUGGAACAAUUUAGGACAUUUCCGUCCUAUCUCACCAAUUAUAGGACACCAGCAUCACAAACCCCUUACAUUGAUGAGGGGGCCCUUCCCACUCUCAUGAAGCCUAUAACAUCAUUAUCUUCUCUUACUGCUCAAUUACCCAAAAGAUCACAGAUUUCACCUUCUGAAUGGGACUGGAAAUCCCAAUUCCCUCCUAUAAACAAGCCCUGCAUACUGACUUCAGUUUCAGAUACCAAGAAACCCAGGAUGAUGGUACCCCCUUUCCCUCUCCAAGAACUUAAAGAGCAGAGGUAUUUUGUUGAUGUGAAUGCUCAGAGAAAGAACCUGAUACUCUUAAAUCAGACCACAAAAACUUCUGGACUACCUUCAGAGCUACAUACAACAGCUAGAAAUCUCAUAAUUGAGACACUUCAUACAGACACAGUUCGGCUGGGUUACCUAUUCCGCAAGUACAUUGCCUAUAGGCUGAUCCAGCGUGCAAGAAACAACAUAAUCAAACAAUUGCAAGCCAUCCAAAACAGUGGGAAAGGUUACGAGAUCCAGAAUCUCUACAUCAUGUUGAGCAGAAUUGAUGACUACCAGAAAAAGGUGAUGGGGGUCUGGACCGAGAAGCAGAAGUCUCUAGAGCAGAAACGGAAUCAGUGCCUGAGGAAAAUGAUGUCCUUAUUUAGCCGGCUCCAAGAGAUGUAUGAAUUGAAUCUUAGUCAACCUGUACCUUUGAUCAUCGACAAAAAGCAGAAACCUGCCCCUACCAAAUUUGUUCAACAACCACUUCUAGAGCUACUAAAAAAAGAGGACAGAAAAUCUGACAAGAUUUUUAGGUUCUCUAGACAAGAAGACCAGAUGGAAGCCAUAUGGAAUGCUGAUCAGUCCACUUCAAGCUACCCAAUAGCUGAGAAGACAUCAAUACAUUCACUGUGGGCCCAGCUGGGUGGGUACCCACCUAUUCCUAUGCUGCUCCAGUUAGAUGUUCAGUCUACCUUCAGAAAAUCUCUUGCAUCCAUUCAAUCACACUCCAGGGAGUUACCAAAAGCAUUAGUCAUUUAG